AUGCCUUUACUCAAUUGUAUUCGUGAGAAUAUCAAAGCUCGUGCUGAGCGUAAACGCCAAGCUAUCAACGAAAUCAACAACUCUAGAUUUGAGAACGAAGACACUUCCUCUGGAAAUGUUGUCAAACAGAACACCGAUAUUCUUGAGGAAGCUACUUCAUCUGAGGAGCGCACAUUUGGGGAAAAUUUGACGUCCUAUAACAACCGACUAAUGCCGCAACAUACUUCCAACAUUGAUUCUCGAGUCACUGAAGAGAGCUUUGUAUCUAAUUCUACCUCUGCUUCGGCCAUCACAAAUCAUGAGACACUCAGUAAUCGGCCCUUACAGUCCACAACACUUCGUGGCCCUGCCCUAAAUAAUGACUUGAGUGAGGAUCAUGAUAGUGGAGAUGCCAAGUAUGAUGAUUCGUCCACUGAGUCACCAUCCCCAGUCUCCAAAAGCCACGUUCACUCCAACAUGUCUUCUUGUACAUCCAUCACACGUAGUAGUAGUCCUCAAACCAACGGCCUCCGCCGUCAAUGGAUGAAUAACCGUCGACGAAAUAACCACCGCUUUAUUCCAAACAGCAACAAUAAUUUAUCGUUAGAGCACCAUGACAACUUCGGUGCACCUCUAGAGAGAGUUAACGCGAGACAGCGCAUUCCAACCUUGAGCACCGAGACACAAGAUCAGGUUGAUAGCCAAGUUGUAGGAAAUUUUGCACAACCUCAUUCCGGCUUCGAGGGAGAGAAUCCAGAUUGCGAAGAUGCCUGGGCCAACGAUAAUCGGCCACCAACAAGUUAUCUGGCGCCAGUCAUUGAUUUACCUCAAGCCCCCAUUUUACACCCUCAACUUUCGCCGCCUCAAAAUCCUCAUCGUCAGACCCAUGUCCACCGCGCUAUUGUUUCCAAUCGAGGCCCAAACAACCCUGAUUUCUAA